AUGGAUGUCAUGUUGAUGGGUCUGAGUGGACGACAAUUACCCUAUCGAUCAACUCGUCGCUGCCUUCUGGACCAAGACGCCGUCGUCUCAGCACUACCGGAAGACCGUACACGGUCAGUUCAUGUGCGCAUGAUCGACGCCGCCAUCCCGGCAGGCCUGAAGCGCGUCAUUCCCACGGAGUACGGCAACAAUACCUACCCUGCAGCUUCCAAGCUCGACGUUAGGUAUGAAGUUUCAAGAUGGAAAUUAGGUAUUUGA